AUGGCUCCCGCAUUGGUCGAGACUACUACUACUACCAGCAACAACGGCCCUGUUCCGGCAUCCGUCUAUAAGCUGGAUCUUGGACAGUACAAGGAAAUUGACUUGACCUACAUUGACAAGGACGCCGAGGAGGGCAAGGCUGGCGGCCCUGCUGCCAAGUACCCUCACUACCUCCCAACAUGGAACCCAGAGCAAAAGUACCCUCCUCUUCAGCCUUUUGAGCACUACGAGCACGGCAAGGACGCCGAUACCUCGUACCCCAAUCUUCUUCCCAGCGGAGUCAAGGUCACGGAGCUCACUCCCUCCAUCGGCUCAGAAGUGAGAGGCAUCCAGCUGUCCUCUCUCAGCGACGCCGGCAAAGAUGAGCUGGCUCACUACGUCGCCACUCGCAAGGUUGUGGCCUUCCGGGACCAGGACUUUGCUGAUCUUCCCAUCGCCGAUGCCCUCAAGUUCGGCUCAUACUUUGGACGUCACCACAUUCAUCCCACCUCCGGCUCCCCUGAGAACUAUCCCGAGGUUCACCUCGUCCACCGUGGCGUGAACGACAAGGGCCACUUGGACUACUUCAAGACCAGAACCAGCUCUGUGGCAUGGCACUCUGAUGUUUCAUACGAGGCUCAGCCUCCCGGAACCACCUUCUUGUACAUCCUGGACAAGCCCGAGACUGGAGGCGACACCAUCUUCACCGAUGCCGUCACUGCUUACAAGCGACUCAGCCCUCUCUUCCAGGAGCGUCUGCACGGCCUCCAGGCCACCCACUCGGGUAUUGAACAGGUCAACGCCGCCGCUGCUCGCAACAGCAUCAAGCGACGAGACCCUGUUGUUCAUACUCACCCCAUCAUCCGAACUCACCCUGCUACGGGAGAGAAGGCCAUUUACGUCAACCCUCAGUUCACUCGCGACAUUGUUGGCCUUAAGAAGGAAGAGUCCGACACUCUUCUCAAGUUCCUGUAUGACCAUCUAGCUCUAGGCGCCGAUUUCCAGGCUCGUGUCAAGUGGGAGGACAGGACCGUUGUUGUUUGGGACAACAGAGUCACCCAGCACAGCGCCCUUGUGGAUUGGGAGAACGGACAGAGGCGACACCUUGCUCGCAUUACGCCCCAGGCAGAGAGGCCCUUUGAGACUCCGUUUCAGGGUUGA